AUGAUCCUCAUGGGAGACUUCAACUUCAGGGUGGGCUCCAAACACCAGAUCUGGGACCAUGUACGAGGCCGGCAUGGGGUGGGGCUCCACCACGAGGGAAUUUUCCGCAUAUCGGGAUCGCUGACGCAGAUGACCGAAAUCAAAUCGGCGUUCGAGAGAGGUGAGGACCCGUUGGAUGACGACGAUGACGGGCGGACGAUAGACAGCGUGGCUGGCGUGCUCAAGGCCUACUUCCGGGGCUUGGAGAAGCCUCUCUUCCCCUCGCACAUGUACCAAGACUUCCUGGAUUGCAUCAAAAUCUCUGAGUAUCAUAAGAGGAUCGCUCACCUCCGGGACCUCAUCCGCAAGCUCCCUGGUCCCGUCAUCGUCGUCCUCCGCUACCUCUUCACUUUCCUCAACCACCUGUCGGGCUUCCGCGAUGAGAACAUGAUGGACCAGCUACAAUCUGGCGGUGUGCUUGGGCCAACGCUGGCACCCGUGCCACCCGAGUUCCGACCAGACGAGGGGUAG